AUGUUUCGCAAGUUGUCAAAAUGUUGCUACUGCUUAGAGAAGAUCAGUGGCUUCUCUUUUGUGUGCGCUGAAUGUACAUUGAUUAAGAUAUGUGUGAAAUGCUUUGCAUGUGGGGUUGAGGGUGGAAAACAUAAAAAGAUUCACAAAUAUAUUAUAAAGCGUUCUGAAGAUUAUUAUCUCGCUGAGAAUCAUUGGUUGCUUUCAGAAGAAUUAAAACUAUUAGACGCUCUGGAUACUUAUGGUUAUGGUAACUGGGAUGAAAUAUCCGCUCAACUACAGUCACAUAGCUCCACAGACUGUCGAGAUCAUUAUGACAAGUUCUAUAUGUCAGGAAUCAUGAAGGAACUCAUGUGUUCACCUUGCCCGUUUCCUCUUGUUAAGGAACACACUUACCCAAACAAACUUUUCGAUUCUGAAGUUGAAAACGAUCUCCCAUGUGAUUUACGAUUAGAUCAUCAGAAGUCACUUGGAUACUUGCCAUAUAGAGAUGAAUUCGAAAUUGAAUAUAUGAAUUCAGCCGAAGAAGUUUUAAAUUCUGUUUAUACGACAUCUAAUUGCGAUGAACUCGACAAAGCUUUCUAUUUAGCAUUGAUGGGUAUUUACAAUCAAUAUAUACAGGAGCGUCAUUUCCGUCAUCGUUUGGCACGUUCACACAAUCUAAUUACUCACCUUAUGCGUGACCUGAUCCGUAACCAAUCAAAGCAGAAGUUAUCCAACUGUAUAUCCAAAUCUGGGGUAAUCAAAAGAGGAUGCUACGCCAAACGGUCGAGUCAUCUAAGUGUUUCUCGAAUCAAAAAGGUUAAUCGGAAAUUAUGUUACAGUGAUAGUUUCAGGGAACGAGAAACUGCAUAUUCCCCUAAACUAAAAAGUUGUGUUGAUCAGAUUAGUGAUUUUAAUUUUAAUUCUAAUGCUAUGAUAAGUGAACUUGUGGACGCCAAAGUUUUCGGUCAGUCCCUAGCUUUGACACAAAACCAUUUGGAUUGUUCAUAUGAAUCAAUACCGACGCCUAAUCUACAACAAUACUGCAUAUCCCACCAGAUUUUGGAAAAUAAUAAUAAGGAUUCCUCUACAGCCAGUUUAAAUAUCCAUGGAAUAAGUAAAAAAUUUGCUGUACCGAAUGUCACUAAAACACUUCUUGUCCGCGGUGAUUCAUGGCUAACUGAGUCUUGUACCUCAUCAGAAAUCCUUGACUCCGGUAUUAGUUCUGCAGAAUCCUCUUCCAAUUCUACAACUUCGUGUGGCAAUUUUAGUGACCAGUUAAAUUCAAACCCCCUCAAAUCAACCAUUGAUUUGCAGCUAUCCAGUCAAACAGUUUCUGCUCGCCCUCGAUCUAAUUCCGAUUCCGCUUAUGAUACCGGUAUAUUGAGAUUAAAGACCAAAUAUCCUAGCUGGAAUGAUCAAACCCUACCAUCAAAUAGAUUGACCAACAGUGCAUUUUCAGAGAUUGAUCCUGUGCAAAACGUAAUUGGAUGUCUUUUUCAAUCUGCUGAAGAAGUAAAGACUCCCUUGUUUGCACCUCGGAGACGGCGUCGGGGACAUCCACCCAGAAAAUUUAAAACGAUAUCAUGUUUAUCUCAACAAAAUACACAAAAUUUCUUGAAGUGUAACAUAUCAAACUCUGAAAAUGUUAAUAUUGAAUCUUGUGGAGAAAUUCAGUAUCAUACACCUGGGAAUGAGAUACUUCAGAUUGGUAUUUCAUCGAAUUCGGAUAUAUAUAAUUCUCUUAAAAGUCUUACAUGGCUCGCUGAAAAUGUAGAGACCCCGUUAACGGUCCCCGUACAUCGCCGUCGUGGACGUCCACCUCGUCAUCCUAGAAUACCAUCUUCUAUUCUCAAAGUGUUUAUAGUGCUAAAAGUUGUGAAAAAACGUUUCUUACGCAUCCUCAAAGCAGAAACAUUCCUUAAAAAUUUAGAACGUGAACGCAUACUACGUAUUGAACUUAGUCAGCUGAUACAAGAUUACUGUAGAUUCUCCAUGAAAACAGCGGUGACCGAUUGUGUAGUUCGUGAGGAUUCAUCUAGUCGUUUCGAUCUCUACAAGAAUUUUUCAUCAUGUUCUUCCACCUCCACUUCUCCUCCGCCCGCGCCGCCAUCUACUCCAAUCUCCAAAAAGUCAUCAACUUCAUCUGUUCAUCAUCGGCUGUCCAGUUUUGUGAAGUUACGGAAACUUAAACGAUCAUUUAGUACAACUACGCGAAAACCGGUUCAUAAUUUUGCUUCGGAUAAAAGGAACCAAUAUCGCAGUUUUGCACAUUAUAAUAAUCAUAAUCUUCGACGAAUCAAUUUCGCUAAUAGAAUUAAUCAAAAAAUUAGUUGUAAACGAACACAAACUGUUUUUAAUUAA